GCGGGAGAGAGGCUGCGUGUCGAGCGGAACAUGCGCGCGCGAGUGUGGGCGGCGGCGGCGGCCCUCGGCGCCGUGCUGGCGGUGGCUGCGGCGCGCGACCAGGACUUCGAGUUCGACGACGAUGCGGACGCAAGCGCUGGCGCAGCGCAUUCGCGGCGACCUCGGCGCUACAUUUACGACCCCCACAACUCCCUGUGCCAGUCUCUGAUAUGCAAGAAGCGCGAGGUGUGCUUGCUGCGGGACGCCUUCACCGCGCUGUGCGUCAACAAGAAGGACGCGCUCCGCAGAGGUGAUGUUAUUGUAACAUCGACAACGACCAAGAGUAUAUGGGACGAAGACGACGCCCCGCCGAGCGGAGCGGCGUGGCGCGGCGACGGCGACGACGACGUGUUCUACGACGGCGGCGCGCGCGUCGACGCUCUCGACGCUCCGGAUGUGCCUGAACCGGAAUCCAAACCCGAACGUUGCGUGGGAUGCCCGGCCCGCGUGCGCGCGCGCUUCCUCUGCGGGUCGGAUAACCGCACGUACUCGUCGCUGUGCCGCCUCGACCUCCACAACUGCGUGCGGCGCCCGGCGCGCCCGGUGCAGCCCGCCUGCCGCGGCUUCUGUCCCUGCGCCCCCCGGCCUAGGACCCGACCCCGGAACAACGCACCCGCGAGGGCUCGUAAUGACGACUACGAUGAUGAUUGGAGGCGACGAAAAUCAGACUCGGGCCACAAUGAAGUACUUUCAGAGCGAUCAUCUCGGCGGCGGCUAUCCCAAGGAUCCGAGGGAUGUGCGCUUGAUAAAAUGGCAAACAGAUUACUAGACUGGUUUUCGGUACUAAUGGAGGAAGCCGGGGCGACUACGGGGCCUGAAGAAGGGUUUCCCGCGGACUGCAAGCCCGAGGUUCGCUGGAUGUUCUCCCACCUGGACACCGACGGCGACGGUUUGCUCUCUGCUGCCAACCUGUAUUCGCUCCGGCACGACGAUCGCGAGCGCUGCCUGCGGCCGUUCCUGUCGUCGUGCGGCGGCGCGGGGGGCGAGGGGCGCGCGGGGCGCGCGGGCGGCGCGGGGGUGUCGCGCGCGGCGUGGUGCGGCUGCCUGCGCCGCGCCGCGCGGCCCUGCAUCGCGCUCGCGCGGGCGCACCCCGACCCGCAUCCCGGCGCGUACGUGCCGUCGUGCGACGCGCGCGGGUUCUACCGGCCGCGGCAGUGCCACGCGGCGCUCGGCGUGUGCUGGUGCGUGGACCCGCACGGCGCCGAGCUGCCCGGCUCCCGCGGCAAGGGCGCGCUCCGCUGCGCAGGCGACAAGGCGGCGCCGGCGCUGAGCAACGAGACGGCGGAGGGCGCGCCCGCCGACGACGAGGACGCGCCCGCCAGCGGCGACGGCGAGCUGCGCUUCUAGUCGGCGGUCACUCCGCCCCGUAGGUGGCGCUCGAGAGUUACAUUUCUACAAUUGACGGUAGAUCUACUUUCAGAACGGUAAUUAAUCGAGCGUCAAUUUUUUUAACGCUGGUAAAACAGUAAUCGCGACUAAAAUAGACCUUAGUUUUAGAACUCAAAGAAAGAGAUGAAGUUGUAGACCGAGCGCUGUGGUCUAGACGAUCUAGGUGUAGAUGUGGACGUGUUCCCUAAUUUAUUAUCAGUAUAGAGCUGACGACCACCUAUGUACUAAUUUAGCGGACACAUUUACAGCGUUGACUAAUAUUGAAGUGUUAAAAGAAUGUUCGUUUACACACAUGAAUGGAAAGACUAUCAAUUCGUUUGUGAAUCCUAGAUAUGACAACGUCGACAAUGUUAUUCAACUAGUAGAUUCACAAACUAAAGUAAUUGUACUCAUGUACCUACUUAAAUUUUGUUAUAAAUUAGAUCUCGUUAAUGAUCAUUGUUUGUGAUAUUUGGUUUACACGGCAUGUAACUUUUUGCGAAUUAGGAAAUUAAAAUUUUAUUUGUAGAUGCAGAAGAUAUUUCUAAGUAAUUAUAGACCUACAAAAUGCGUACGCCUAAAAGGGCCUAAAGCCAAUGAAUAUUACCGUCCGCACGGGAGACGCGAAUGUUGUAAUGAAUGGCCUUUUAAUUUCCGGUGCUAAAAUGCACCAACACAACAUUAUAAUGUUUGCAAUACAUAACAUAAUUUCACUUCUUCCAGCGUUAGAAAACAUUCCCUUACUCCAUUACCCAGUCAAGAUAACUAUAUAAAAUAAAAUAAAAGUACAUAAUAUUUUUGGAAGGCGCUGUAUAGUCGGCUCCGAGCGCGUGUACUCUACUAAAUGAAAUUAUUAUGAUUGUUGUUGCUGAUGUACAGUGUAUCCUAACGUGUAACUCUGAUAUGGUAACUAAGCUUAUGAAUUUGAUAUUACUAGUUAAUCAUUACGUAGAGAUAAACAUUUACUAUUAUUUAGUUAAGUAACAAAUAUCUCCGCGACUGCAGCAAAUUGGAUGCCCUUACAGAAGUACAAAUGUAGAAGGAAGUUUCUUUCAGUCGUAACUCGGACCUGGAUUUCUGACACGAGUUCGAUUUAAUUUCGCCAAUAGCGACUUAAAAUUACUAAUUAACUUUUAAACUGUAUUGUAAAAGUAGGCCUAUAGUUUGAUUCUGACAUUACGAUGUGUUGUAGUCUGUGGAACAGUUCGUGCAGCGGCGGCGGGCUGUCUCGCGAUCUUAUUAUACUAGAUCAUUUGCACUUUUUUAAAUCUCAAACACUGUAGGUU